GGAAAUCCUACGAUGCAUCGUUGCCUUUCAGAUAGUCGAACACGAUGUAAGAUGAGAGAUUUCCAGACUGCAGGUACGGCACGUGCUAUAACUUUUGGCGAGACGAAGGGAGGGUCGUACCAGUCACAUGACAUUGCGUCAUGUUCCAGCAAACCCCAGGCAAGUGCGGGCAGAGCAAUAAUCAUAAGAUCGCGGCAGGUGGGGAAGGAAUGAUGGGGAAGACACAUCCAGGCAGACAGGACAUUCGCAGUCACCAUCUAAACAAGUAAACAUCCACAUUCGACAAGUUUGAUAAACAACGACUAAUUCCAGCGUUACAAAAGCCAUUGCUAAAGUUCAGACAUUGUUUUCAUCGUCCGAGUCAUGGCGCCGACAGCUUCCAGUCCUUUGAGCGUUGACUCAAUCCUCGAUUAUAUAUCCAAGAGCCUGCCCACCACCACCAGUGAAAGUGGCACGGAGGCUGCGCCGUUACUCAAAGAUGCAUAUGCGGCCAUCGCAGUCUUUUCUCACGCAUGCAUGCUUGCUGUCGGCUUCCGACUUAUCGGUUUAGGUGAAGAUGAUCGAUUAGAAACACAGUCCAACCCCGACGAGGUCCCACUUCUUCCAUCGCAAUGGAAUGCGUCUUCCUCAUUCGCCUUUCGAUAUGCGCAUUCUCAAUCUUCCCUGGAGUACCUCGUUAAGAUCAGCCGCCUUGGUACCAAGGCAAUUGUGUUUGGAGUUGGGCUGGGAGAUGACAAGACUGCCUCGUUUGAAGUCAAGGCUCAAGAUUACAUUUCUGAAGGCUCGUUGAAAGAGGCUACUGCUUCGACAACAGAGAGGAGAGCUGCACUGCAAAAUGUGUUCAUCUCCAAUGGUCGCAUCGAAGACCUUGCAUCUUUGGUCAAGUCUAGAAUCAUCCAAAAGCUAGCCCCGGGCAUACACAAAGCAGGGUAUGAAGAGUCGUCCGCCUCGACGGUGGAGCAGACAAUAAGACGAGAGGAACCUCGACCUCCAGAGCGUGAUCCAUUAAGAGACGAACAACCGCCGCCGGCAAGACCUUACCCUUUUGACGAUCCACUCGCUGCUGCCCCUCGUCGACCUCACCCUGUGGGUGACUUCCCUCCUCCUGGUUUUGAGGAUGAGUACGAGCUCCACAGACCGCCUCGGAGGAAUCCUCUGGCUGGUCAGCCCUUUGGGGGAAUUGGCGAUAGGGAUCUGUAUCCCCCUGGUCUAGGUCCGCAUGAUCCACUGAGGAUUGGCCCUGGCGGUGGGGGAUUCCGUGGAGGAGGUGGAAUGCACCCAACAUUUGACGAUCCUCUCUUCGGUGGGCAAAGAGGAGGUGAUGGAUACAACCCAAUGGCACCACCAGGGGCCAGGUACGAUCCGAUCGGACCAGGGGAUGGGCCGCCGCGCUUCCAAGGAGGACCAAGGUUCCCUGGUGGAGGAAGAGGCGGCGGCAAUCCAUUUGGGGGAUUCGGUAGCGGGAAUUUCAUUUGAUCAGAUUUACGAAGCGAUGAUUAUGAUAGCAUGGAUACGGAUAGAAUGCUUGAUCUGACAGCAAGGACAAGUACCAAAUUAGGGAUGGUAAAGAAAUAGCAUGUCAAUUAUUAAUUGCUAUGCAGACACGUGGUGGCAAAGACAUGUAGGAACUGAUGGAAGAGCGAGGGUGGCAAUUUCCCGAGGACAGAAUUGCGAAGGAGACUGGCACCAUCUUCUGGAAGAAGUGCUGGUCGUCUUUGUCCUACGGAGAGAGAAGUGCUAUAUGGAGGGAGCCCUAAGUAGAGAGAGUGCCCUAGAGAGAAGUGCUAUAUGGAGGGUGCCCUGGAGAGAGUGCCGUGGAGAGAGUGCCUAGGAGAGAAGUGCCCUGGAGAGAGUGUAUAGGAGUGAUUUCUAGAGCUCUGUAGGCGAUUUAGCGUUAGUUGCAGCUGCUUCACGCUACAUAUAUUUUAAUGAUGUUAGGUCGGUA